AAUAUAAUAGAUGUCACAAAUUUGGAUGGAACGCCGACACCAUGUAAAGAAGACAUUACAAAAUCGCAGCGGUAUAAUGAUGCCAUCAGACUGCAUGACUUGCGUAUACGGAGAAAAGGUUUGACUGCGACUGUGGAGAAAGAUUUGUGCUUAUUAUCCGACGUUGGACAGCGAGUUGUGGAAGUAUUUGAGCAGCCUGCACUUUCUUCUGCUGAAUUAUUUGAAAUAAAAGGUUUUGCUAGACACAUGUCAGAAGCGAUGAUAAACGGCAUAAAAAUAGAGCAUAAGCAAGACAUCUUAGUUCACAUGUCAUUUCCGGAUGAUUGA